AUUCCAAGAAGCUUAACACAUCUACAGAGUCAAAUUUGGAACCACUAUCCAGCAAUAAAAAGGAAGUAACUGAAGACACUAUUCAGCAACCAGAACUAGCUGAGUCUGAUAAUGGAGCAAUAGGUAUUAAAGGGAGCUCUGCAUCAGUGAAAGAGGUCGAUGAAAUUGCUGCUCUUAAAGCAGCUGUCUUGGCUAGAAGAGCUCUCAAGGUUUUAAGUCCAGAAAAAGAAAUAUCUGUACAAAGCAGUAGCUCGCAUCAGAUUCAAACGACAAGCCUUGAUCGGAUUCAAAUGACGAGUCAGCAUCAGAUUCAAGUAAUGAACCCUGAUAGGAUUCAAAUGACGAGUCAGCAUCAAAUUCAAAUGAUGGACCCACCUCAGGAGCAAAGAACGAGCUCUGAUCGGAUUCAAGGAACCAGUCCUGAUCAGAUUCAAAGGAUGGGUUCAGAUCGAAUUCAAAGGACGAACCCGUCUCUGCUUCAAAUGAGGAACCCGAUUCUGACUCAAAUGAUCAGCCAGAAUGAUCAAAUGGAGCCUCAGACUCCAAUGACGAGCCAGCCUCAGACUCCAAUGACGAGCCAGCCUCUGAGUCAAAUGACGAACCUGCCUCUGACUCUAAUGACGAACCUGCCGCUGAGUCAAAUGACGAACCUGCCUCUGAGUGAAACGACGAGCACGUAUCCGAUGUUCCAGAUGAGCCCUCCACAGAGGCCAGUGGGGAGCACGCUGCAGAUGUUACUGGCGUGGCCACCUCAGAUGCCAGCGGUAAGUCCGCAGCGGAUGUUAUUCUCUAACCCACCGCAAAGGCCAGAAGGGAGCCUACAGAGGGAGCAAGGGGAGAGCCCCCAAAGAAAGCCAGAAUUUACCUCACCGAGGAGGCCAGAAUUUACCUCACCGAGGAAGCCAGAAUUUACCUCACCGAGGAUGCCAGGAUUCACCCCACCGAGGAUGCCAGGAUUCACCCCACCGAGGAAGCCAGGACCGAGCCCGCCGCAGGGGCCCGUAGUUAGCCCGCUGCGGAAUUUAUUGUUAGCCCCACCACUAAUCCCAAGG